GCGCGCGCGUUAACGGAAUUCGCGAUCGAGCACGCAGGGACCACCGACUAAUGUUUAAAUGGACGCAUCGUCCAUUAUCACCCAAGUGUCGCGGGAUGACGAGUUAGGUGCGUUCAACAACGAGAAAGCCCAGUUACCUCGAGAGAAUGAAGCAGCCAACAAUACUUCGUCGAGUGGCAAGAAGCCGAGGGGACGUGGGCUCUUGCGCUCGCUGCUCUGCUGCUUCGGAAGAGGCCGUGGCGGCAGUUCAAAGAGCUCCAAGGCGAGUUCUUUGCAGGGCGAUGGCCGUGGCUCGCCACCGCCCGGCACCGGAUCCCCGAGAUUCCUCCUUCCACCAGUUAGGCACCAAGAUAUGCACAAAAAGUGCAUGGUAAUCGACUUGGACGAGACCCUGGUGCAUAGUUCUUUCAAACCGAUCAACAAUGCGGACUUUGUUGUUCCUGUAGAGAUUGACGGAACGGUACAUCAAGUGUACGUCUUAAAGAGGCCUUAUGUGGACGAGUUUUUGCAGAGAAUGGGUGAAUUAUAUGAAUGUGUAUUGUUCACUGCAAGUUUGGCUAAGUAUGCAGACCCAGUGGCAGAUCUGUUAGAUCGAUGGGGUGUAUUUAGAGCGCGGUUAUUUAGAGAAUCCUGUGUGUUCCACAGAGGAAACUAUGUUAAGGAUUUGAACAAAUUAGGUCGGGAUUUGCAGCAGAUAAUUAUUGUAGAUAAUAGUCCUGCCAGUUACAUUUUCCAUCCAGAUAAUGCGGUUCCAGUGGCAUCUUGGUUCGAUGACAUGACGGACUCCGAGCUACUGGAUCUAAUUCCUUUCUUUGAGAAGCUCAGCAAUGUGGAAAACAUCUACACGGUGUUGUGUAAUAGCAAUCAUCCUUACAAUCAGAUACCUGCGCACGCGGUGCAGAGCAAUCAGAGCCUGCCGACUUCAAUUUCGAUGGCUGCUUCCUAGCCCCACCUGAAUCCUGGCAACACAGCCAGUCUUGUCGCUCAAUGCACCUUCCGGAGGAUUCUGAGGGGACUGCUCCAUGUGACCCACUCGCUAUGUGGCGAAGGACCUCGAAGUGCCCCCCCUCGUUGAUCUUUGGAAAAAACCGCUCCGAUCAGCGGAGCCAAAUGUCUUAUAUCUCGAAAGCGCAUCAUUUAAGUCGACAUAGUCAGAGCUGCUGAUAUCCUUCUUCCUGGUGAGCAACGCAACGAAGACUGAGUCAGCUUCGAAGCGCGAGUGUUCUUCCAUUUUGCACCAAGCGUCAAAAACGACGAACUAUAUCGACCCUGUCCCCAUGGGCAGACUGAAAAUACUGUCUGUACUCGACAAAAGAGCAUAGUGAAGGAUGGAACCAGGAAUCUCCGUUAAGCAGAAACUGCUUAUUACAGAAAAGUUGAUCGCCAGAGAAGAGAGCGAUGAGUGAUUGCCCGUGGUGAUUGUAUAUUGGAAAAAUGUAAAGUUAUAGGAAUAAAAAGGAAAGAACGAAAGUACGAAGAGAGGAAAGAGAAGAGAGAUUGCUCCGAGUCGUUUGAUGGGCCAUGCUGUUGUUGCCGUGUAGUUUUUCUAUUCGAGCCAAGACACUGCAAACUUUGUUUACUUAGAUUCGGCUACAGAGAAGACAUCAAUGCUCCGAUUACGUUUAUGAAUGCUUCUGACCCAACUUACAGAACACGUUGGAAAAAAAAAGGAGUGUAACAGUAGCAGGUAGAAUUUGAAAUAUAUAUAUUUUUUAUUUGUUAAAAAUUU